AGCAACAAAGGCUCUCAUAAAGUUAUGGAACGAACAUCACCACCUGGGACACCUGUCAUCAGAGGAUCCCUGGCCAUGUAACACGCGGAAGCUGGGUGAACCUACUAUGACAUGAGUGCAGGUCAAGUGUUGGCACUACUUCUUCUAUCUUCUCUAGCCGCCACAACAAACCUCACCAACACCGAGGAAGAAGAAGAUCAGGGACCCACUGAAGACGCACCAGAAUACAAAUGCUUGCACUGCGACAUAACCACAGACAUCAUGUGCUAUAAUAACCAGUCGUGUAACGCCGAUGUAACAGGACACCAGUACUGUUACUUCCGCCUCAUCCAGGUCUUCAACGCCAACAAGACCAAAUGGGACUGGGACUAUUUUACCAACUACAGAGAAUGGGGCUGCACGACAGAUUUGGAAACGUGUGAGAGAACCUGUAGUGAGACUGAGGGUUGUAACAGGAAUCAGUCUGUGUGCUGUAACGCACAGUUGUAUCAGCUAAACGGCAACUACAGCCAGGAGAACCACGCGGCGUAUUCUCGCUGCUACUACGGGUCCGGGUCCCGGGUGGAUGUUGUUAUGAACUGUCAGUUUUUAGUUCUCAGUAUCCUCAUAUUAGAUUGGUUAGUGAGGUGAGGAAGACGGGGGUUACACCCCCGCUAUUAUCGAGGGGUCUUACAGAUAUAAAAGAUAUGAGACUUUCAGGGUGUUUUUUAAGUUCAGGGAUCGUUUGAGCUACUACAGCAGGGGUAAAUGUUCUGAAAUACACACUUUCCUUUUGUUCUAACAGAUUUUAUUCAUAGCAACGACUUUUUUAGCGUAAUUGAAAUCUGUAGCGAUUAUAAAUGUGAACGAAAGGAAAUGUGAAUGGAGGCUUCAACAUUGCUUUUAUAACUGUGAUAGCUGCAUAUCCGACAUUUGGAUUUCAAUUGUGAGGGUUGACUGUUGUUAGAUGAAACUUAAAAUUAAUAGAAUCAGUAUUUUGGUAGAUUUGGAUAAUCUGGCGUCUAUUUCAGUUUAGUAUAUAAUAGUAUAUAUUAUAAGGUUAAUUAUAAGGUUAAUUCAGCCAAUAACUUCGUAUAACUGAGCUGGUUUAAAAGAGUUUUGAAAGAAAAGUCUUACACAUGCGAGCUUUAAAGUUAAUCUAUUCAAAAAUGUUAAGUUGAGGCUAAAAACUUUUCGAUCUGCAAAAGUUUGCCUUUGGGAUACUGUUAUGUCAUGUAAAAAGAUCAGAUAUCAUGUCAAAUUGUUUUCAGUAUAAACCAAAACUUUAAUUUGUUGGUUUUAGAUUUAACAGUUUUCUACAUUUUUAUUUCUGUGUGUGUCGUUUAAAUUAAUCUAUUUAUUACACCGAA